AUGAAAAACGAAGAUGCUUAUUUUGUCAUUUGGUUAUCCAAUUUCGCAUCUACUCUGAUCAAAGUUCUCCAUUAUUCUUCUACCGAAAAACAUCAUCCAGAACGCUUGCUUUCAGAUAAACUUGUCUCAUACUUAAAAGGAGAAUCCUGUAAAGAUAUAAAUUCUCUGAAAAAAGUUCAUGCUCACAUUAUAACUUCAGGUUUAAAAAACCAUGUCUUCUUGAGUUCUAAACUAUUAGUUUGUUAUGCAAAGUUUGAUAACUUAACUGAAUCAAAAAGGGUUUUCAACACAAUUGCAAACAAAAGCCAAUCUCUUUGGAAUUCAACCUUAGUUGGGUAUUUCAGAACUGGUCAUCAUAAUGAAGUUUUGAAGUUGUAUUGUGAUUUCAAGAAACAUUCUAGUAUAGAUAGUUCAUCAAUCACAUUUGGUUUGAAAACUUGUAUUGUGAUUGGAUCAUUACAAUUUGGUAGAGGGAUUCAUGUGGAUGCUGUGAAAUAUAAUUUACAAAGAAAUGGAUUUGUGGGUUCUACACUGAUUGGGUUUUACUCGAAGUAUGGAUGUAUUACGGAUGCGAGACAAGUGUUUGAUGAAAUAUCUGAAAGAGAUGUUGUUGUUUAUACAGCAAUGGUUACCGGGUAUGCUGCACAAGUUUCUGAUAGUUAUUAUGGUUAUGAAGCUUUUGAAGUUGCUAGACUUAUGCAGAAAGAAGAUGGGUUGGAUCCUAACAAGGUGACUUUGGUUAGUUUGCUGCAAGCUGCGGCUAAUGUAGAAGCGUACAAAGAGGGUCGAGCGGUUCAUGGGUAUGCUAUUAGAAGGAAAAUUGAUUCUUUUGAUGAGAUACUUGAGACUAGUCUUAUGGACAUGUAUAGUAAAUGCAGAGAUUUGAAAAUGUCGUGA